AUGGCGUCCUCCAAUAUGUCGCACCGGCAAACUCAUAAUUUACUGCUGAUUUCGAAGCUGUUGAGUCUCCGAGAUACCGCGUCACCAUUAACGCUAUUACUGGAUUCCCUGGAGCAACCCGCCACACCACUGAUCAAGGAAUAUAUCCGACGUGCUCGGCUCUCGAAAGUCCACGUUACCCUCAUUGCAUUCGAAACCCUCAAGCCAUUCGACGGCGUCGACGCCUUUAUCCCCGCUCGACGAAAAAGCCCAUCGGAGAUACUCAAGGAAGUCGGAGCUGUUGACAAUGCAGUCUCCUCAAACAGCCCUAAUCGCAGACGACUCAUUCUAAUCGACUCAAUAAACCCACUCCUCCACUCAACACGCCUCGACCAGACGUUUCACCUUUCUACAUUCCUCAGCUCAUUCAUCGUACCUUCCGGCCCAGCUACCCCCAAAAUCGACUCCUCUCUCGUAAUCACCUUCCAUCAAGAUGUCCCCGGCCGGCCUGCGCAAUCACCAUACACACCACCACCCCUAACAAUCUUAACGUACCUUGCGACAACAGUCAUCAAGCUCCACUCCUUCUCACACAUCCUCGCUCAAAAGGCUGCGCGAGACCGCAGUCUCGUCCCGCCCGUUUUCGGUUUGGCUGAGGAGCAGGACGGCGUCCUUCUCGGACGACUGGAUAAACCGAUUGGGAAGGAUUCGGCGGAGGGUGGGGUCGUUCUGGAGAUGGAGUAUAGGCGGAAGAGUGGAAGGGGUGUGCUGGAGUGGUAUCUCCUGCCCCCGGCGUCGAGGUAUCCGGCUACUCAGGUUAAGGAGGUUGUGACGCUCUUGGAUGAUCAUCCGCUUUAUCGGCCGCCUGAGGAAGUUGGGGUUGCGGAUGGGGAGGAGGAGCCGGAGUCUACAUUUGAGCUGAGGCUUACGGAGAGGCAGCGCAGGGAUCGGGAGGGGGUUGUAUUGCCGUAUUUCGAUGCGCAGCAGGGGAGUGGACCUGGGGAGGGUGGCCGUAUCUUGUAUGAUAUGGGAGAAGAAGAUGAUUUUGAUGAGGAAGAGGAUGAGAUUUGA